CUUUCAGGAAAAGGGGAGAUACGAGGGGGAGGGUGGUUGGUGAAGGAGAAUGCAGCAUUCACAUUUUUAAGCAUGCAGAAGCGUGCCGUUUCCGGUUCCUAGGCUGGUGUGUCCCCCCCAUCCGAGGCCAGCAGCCGUAUGGGGAAAGCAGCGGCAGACACAGAUGGCAUGGACACUUCCACAAGGUCUGCCGCUCUGCCCUGCCUGCUCUGCCGGAGCCCGUUCGCCGCCGUCUCUCUCUUCCAGCUCGCUCCGCCGCCCAGCAGCACUGCAGCACAGCACAGGCUGACGGCAUGAGGCUUGAUCCAGUACAUUUCUCCAUGCUGGUCAUCGGGGUCUCCUUCGCCUGUUACGCCCCGAGUCUCAACUCCCUCCAGGACCAGGCGUACCGAUCAACCGUGGUCAUCGAGGGCGAGGUGCGCUCCUCCCCGGAGAACGUCUCCUCCCGGGAGCCCUACAGUGUGAAUGUCAAAGUGCUGGACGUGUGGCCCGUCAACAGCGGCGGCCUCGAGAGGGAGCAGCUCGUGACCGUCGGGGACUUCGGUUCCGAGGCCCCGUGCACCACAGUGGAGAAGGACCACAGAUAUAUAUUUUUCAUGGACCCGACCGCCGAGCCCUUGGUAUUCAAGGCAUCGUACGCCCCUGUGGACGCCAGCGAGCCGGAGCCGAAGAAGGAUGUGGACAGAGUGUUGUGCGAGGACUGCGCCUCUGCUCCUAAGCUGCGGCUGAUGCGAGGCCAAUCUCUGAUGGAAGGGGACAAGCUGUACUUGAAGUGCGAGGCAUCGGGGAAUCCCAGCCCUUCCUUCCGCUGGUACAAAGAUGGACACGAGCUUCAAAAAGGCAGAGACCUCAAAAUAAAGACCAACAAAAAAAACUCAAAGGUGCAGAUCAGUCGUGUCCGUGUGGAAGACUCUGGAAACUACACCUGUGUGGCUGAAAACUCUCUAGGACAAGAAAACACCACGAGUUUAAUCACCGUGCAGAUCUUGACGACCACAACCCCGUCUCCGGGUGUGAGUCACGCGAGACGCUGUAACGACACGGAGAGGACCUACUGCGUCAACGGAGGAGACUGUUACUUCAUACAUGGUAUUAACCAGCUGUCAUGCAAGUGUCCCAAUGACUAUACGGGGGACCGCUGUCAAAACUCCGUCAUGGCCGAUUUCUACAAGGCGGAGGAACUCUACCAGAGGCGGGUGCUUACGAUCACCGGCAUCUGUGUGGCGUUGUUGGUGGUUGGCAUCGUUUGUGUGGUGGCCUACUGCAAAACCAAGAAGCAGAGGAAGAAGAUGCAAAAUCACCUACACCAGAACCAGAAUCAGUGUUUGGAGCAACCCAACCGCAUGCUGCCCAAUGGGCCCAACCAUCCGGGGCCCGGUCCUGAGGAGAUCCCCAUGGUUGAUUACAUCUCCAAGAGCAUCCCCACGACAGAGUGUGUGAUCAGCCAUGGAGCUGAGGGUGCAGGCAACUACGCAGGCAGCCGAAUGUCGACCCGCUCCCACCACUCUACAACUGCCUCUCAUGCUUCCAGACACGAGGAGCAGACGUGGAGCAUGGAACGAACAGAGAGCAUGAACUCAGACUGCCAGUCAGGUGGGCUGUCCAGCUCUGUGGGAACCAGUAAGUGCAGCAGCCCGGCGUGCAUGGCGAGGAGGGCAUCCCACUGGGGCUGCACGGAAACGUCCAGACCGGGAAUGCAGUACGGGGAUUCUUAUGACUCUCUAAGAGACUCACCUCACAGCGACAGGUACGUGUCAGCGCUGACCACGCCAGCACGUCUGUCUCCAGUGGAGUUCCACUACCCCCCGUUGCCGCCCCAGGUGCCCACCUUCCAGAUCACCUCGCCCAACACAAGCCACGCCCUCUCCCUGCCCCCUGCUGCUGCUGCCUACCACAGAGAGAACGACCAGCCACUGCUACGAAGCCCUGAUGAUGGAAGUUUAUACAGGCAGCCUCGGCGUCCGCGGCGACCCUACCUGACUGAGAGCACAGGAAGUCUACCGUCCAGCCCCUACCGUCUCCCUGACGAUGAGGCCUACGAGACCACGCAGGAGUACGCCUCGUCCAGGGAACCCAUUCGCAGCAGGCGACGCCCGCGACGCAACCGCCUCAACGGACACGUCUCCCAGCGCUCAGCGGGCCUACGGGACUACAGCUCGCAGAGCUACAGCGAGUCAGAAGAGGAAGAGGAGGAGGAGGAGGAGGAAGAGGACGCUCAAGGGGAGAGCACACCUUUCCUCAGUAUGCAGAACAUGAACGUGGACCCUCCCUUAUCGGCCCCGGGUUACCAUCCGUCGACUGGUGCGGACACACGGACUCACCGCGGGCUGAGUCGGCAGGGGCCGCGCAGCAACGGGCAGAGCCGCGGCCCCCAGUCGCAGCGCUUCAAGGCUGACCACAUGCCCCUUUAAGACUUGAGCCCCCCCCCCCGGCACCCACUCAUACACCCCUGCCACCCCUCACCCCCUCACCCACGCCCCUUCCUCUUACACACAACCAGUGGACUAGAGACCCGCACCUAGGAGAAAUAUUUUUAUUUUGUAUAACAGACAGAUAUUCUAAACAAAUGAAAUAUUUAUUUUCAUUUCAGCAAAAAUUGUCUACUAGCUAACAGCAAAGACUUUUUUUAUAUCGGGGGGGGGGUAUUUAUAUGUAAAGUUUUUUGAUUUACAGCAUUAUGAAAGAUGAAAAAACAAGAGAAUUACGUGCCAAUUUUUUCACAAGUUAGAUAAAUAGAAUAAUAUUGUGGUGCCUUUUGCUGUAUGCUGAAGUCGGAGGUCCCAUUGAGUUUUUGUAGCCUUUCUUAUAAAGACUCCUCGUUUUUAUAUAGAGACCAACCCUCUUCCUUCCUUUUGCUUUGUUUUUCUCUCUGAUUUGGGAUCUUCCUCUUUUUGAACUGUGAUUUGAUUAUGUCAUCAUGCAAUAUUGAUUCCUCCUGUGUAAAAGGUGUCUGUUUACAUGAGUAUGAUCCAUGCGACGCGCUCGUUUCACAGGGACAUCUAGUCACUGACACAACCGGAUGUGUAGGGUUAGUUUUCUCGGAUGAAUUUUGGGUGAAUCUUGAUCAUCGGUCAUUUAUGUCCUCGUUCGCUGCCUGUCUGUCAUUUGUUGUUCUGUGACAACAUGAGUGUUAGGGAGUUGGGGAAGUGACUCCUGAUUCCUCUGUAGGUGUUCAGGGUGCUGUCAUAACAUUGGUAUUGUUUGCAGUGGGUGUGUGUGUGUAUGUGCGCAACUCAUGAAGGCUCAUUUUGUUCGCACCACUGUUCACCUUGGAGGGUGCGGUCUCUUGUUUGACCGACACGCUCCCCCUACCAAUCCUCACGCUGCCAGAAGCUCCAUUGCACUGUAAGAACCUCCCUCAUUGGUCGGGGAGCUGCGGAUCCAAACCGAACCCAACCAGUCCAGUUGUAAUCCAGCCUGACUCUGGCCUCCCGUGGACUGCCCAGCCCGCCCGUUUCCUAUGCCAGCAGCUUAGAGCCGCACUGUGUCUCAGGACUUCCCCCAUCACAUCACAGCCAAAAGACUCAAACCAGAGAGAGCUCGUCAUCUCAGUUGCAGUUCAGUCCGCAGGCCAGAUCCACGUCCCCUCACUCCCACUCCUGUCCGUCAGUCUGUCAGGUUUGUUGCAUUCACUCGUGGCCAUGGUUAAGGGAGCACGGUGAAAAACUCCUGGAAUCAGAAGGGAAAGUCAGUUGCUUUCUUUAGAACUUAUUUUUUACUUCAAACGGUUGUGUGCAUGUGUGUAAGUGGGCAUGUGUGUAGCUGCGUGUGGGUCACCAUGAUGAUGAGGAUGAUCCAAAGCCUGGGAGACCACAUCUGCUCGCUCUGAUGCGGGGGCAUAGCUAGGAGUUCUGGGACCCCCCCGAAGAGGAGGACGUCGGUCUGGGUUCCCCCUCUUUUCUUUUUUUAUUUAAAUAGUAUAAUCCUACUGGAAACUUUACGGGCCCCCUCAAUCUGUGGGCCCCUAGAAUUGCCACCACCUUUCACCCCCACUAGCGAUGCCACUGCUCUGAUGGGGGGGGGGGGGUUAUCACUCGCAGGUCGCUGCGUGCAGGUUCACACCACUACAGGGCGAGUUUCCGAGUUUGUUCUACUUUUUCUUUAGCUCACAGCCAAAUGGUGUUAUAUGAUAAUACUGAUUACUGCAUCCUUGAUUUGCAUUCCUAUACCUUUAUUGAUUGAACUUAUUUUUGCUUGGUCAUAUUGACUGAAUGAUCUGUUUCGUGUCUGUCUCUGUCUGCCCCCUUCCAACUGACAUCACCCAGACCCUCACCUCCAUGUCUUUCUCACCCCUGUAUCGACCAAUCAGAAGCAACUAGUGGCUGGAUUUAGGCCCCAUCUCCAGACGAGAACACUGAGCAGCACAUGAGCAGUAGGCUGAUCAUGUGAGAAACUCUUCCACCCUCAAAUAUACAUCAGGCUUAGAGAUCCUGUCAAGCUCGCUGAGGAAGAUAAUACUGUGUCAGAUACAAUAUGUGUCCCUAUUAGAGUUGUGUUUUUUGGUUUGUUUUCUGUAUUCACACAGAAGAUGCAUGGAUCACAGAUAUAGAGAGUAUCUUAAAAAUGACAAAGAGCCCCCGCAGAUUCAGGGGAAUCAUACUAGAAAUAUAUUUAAAAAAAAUGAUUUGGGUUCCUGGGCUCAAAGGUCUGGCUAGUUUUGUCUUACUAUCACUGUAAUAAUCAAUCUGGGAUUUGCAAUGUGGAAAUACUGCAAGUGAGGGUAGUGUGCUUCUAGAGCUAGUUGAAAUGUUAACACCCCCCACCCUAGUUCUCACCCUGCACUUCCCACCCUGACCCUUUACAUAGACGCAUACAUUUUGCACAUGCUGACAUACAUAACUAUACACAUAAAGAAGCACACAUGACACACACACACACACACACACACACUCACAGUCCUUCCAUGUGUUUGUGUUUGUCAAGCAGUUUGCCUUCGUCUUUUUUACCUACUGACACCCUCACUCCUAAACCUCCUUCCCCCCCUGCCCCCCCACCCCCCUCCCCUCCUCUCAACCCCCCAUCCCCCUGCAUGUCCUAGUGGUACUGGUAGUUGGGUGCAUGGAAAAAGCAGCAAGCAAAUCGUUUUUCCACUCGGUGAAAAAAUAAAAAAUAAAAAUGUGUCUUCAUUUUAACAUUCAGCAAUAAAUCCCCCUUUCUCUUCGUGUCCUAUCAUUCUUGGAAUAUGCUAGAAGAUUUUUUGCAAGUUUUAUCAAAAACGUACAACUUGUAAAAGAAGAAAAAUCCCAAAC